UGAGCGGCGUUGAGCAGUGAGAGGCUGCAUCGGGCGAACCACGGCGGGGCUGGACGAUGAUGAGGGGUCAAGUGUACAAACGGGAAGUGAGUUGAAUUCAAUGUUGCUCCUAAAAGCUACAAGAUAGCACUGAUAACAUUCACAAAGACUACAUGCUACGCGAAUACUGCCCGGAAUCUACGCAGAAGAUUUGCACCCUAAUCUUAGCUGUGGUUGUCAAGCUUUCGCCCGAGUUCGUUGCAUCAUCGUUCCUGCUAUUUCGACUAACCGAGAGGCUUGGCACGGAAUCUACUGCAGGUACCAACCAAGAAAUCGUAGCAUCUGCCGGACCAGCCCACCCGGCUCGUCAGCCUCCCACACGAAUUUCCGGCCAUUUUUUUUCCACCAUGGGCUGCUCAUUUCCCCUCUCUUUAUCGAUUAUUGUUUUUGCCUCGCGUACAAGCAACACCCUGCUCACGUGUCUACCUGUUUGCGCCCCACACCCUCAUCUUGAAGUGGAAUACAUUGCAGAUGCAGCAGCAGCAGGUCACGUCCGGUGAAGAUAUAAUAAACAUGCAGAUAGCAGCA